CCCACAUCAUAUCAUCAUACACAUCUUUCACUCACAAAGCAGCCAUUCACUCGUUGCAAUCCAAGACAUCGCCCUGAAUUCUCAAAAUGCAAUAUUUGAGCCUCAUUUUCAUCUUGGCCACCACCGCCUGGGCCCAGGGCGGCGGCAGCAACGGCAGUCGUCCAGGAGGGGCUCAGAAUGGGGAGUACAACAUCCAAUGGUACUCAACCACCUCGUGCACUCCUAUAUUCAAUGCAGGGAGGUCGCUUGGGUGCUUCGGCUGGUAUAACGGCCAGUGUUGCGAAAGACCAAUGGGCUCAGACGUCCUCAUAGCUGUUAAGGUUACUGCUGCAGUCCCGGGUGUUGUUGCUUUUCAUGAGGUCACCAAUCAGGGAGGAUGUGGACAGUGUACAAGAACUGCACCGAUCAACACCUGCCUACCCAAUAAUCCCUUCCAGACCGUGAGAGUCUACAGAAUUCCUCAAUGUCCGGUUGACUUGGUGGGAUCGGGGGCGGGUGAGUUGCGGCGCGACACCGAUACUGCAGACGGGAAUUCCACCGAGCUAGUGGUCAGACAAGCCGCAAACCAGGACUCGACGGAGCCCCAGGCGGACUGUGGCGGAGUCAACGUCAUCAAUGUUGCUGGGCGUCGAUAUGCCGUCGAUAAUAGCAACAGAGCCGCAAUGGUUGCAGACUUUCUGGAGGAAAAGGACGAUUCCGUAUUUUCAGCGAAAUGGGAGCAUAUGGACGUCGGCGAAGACACGGAGUCUUAUGAUGUUUGAUGACCACGUGCACGGGCAUACAUAGCACGGCAGAAUUUGGUCACGGUAGGCCUUGCUUCCAAUUAUUCCGCCGACUGCUUUGCUUGUGCUUUCAGCUUACCACUUUCUCUAGAUUCAUAGGCCAGGGAGAUUGUCAUCUGGAAGGAGUCGAGGCUUUUG